AUGGUUCUCGAAGCCUCAGGAAACUCGCAACGUGAUACUGGUCCCCUGAGUCAACUGACCAAAGGCAUGCACCACAUUCCCAUAGAGGACAUGGAAGCUUGGGUAUUCCGGUCAGUGGAGACUCGUAUGGAAGAAGUGGUCAAGAAUGGUAAAAUCACCCAGCCGCGGAACUCUUUUAUGCUCUAUCGAAGCGCCUAUUUCGAACGCGCCAAGAAGUGGUAUGCCAGCAAUAACCCUGCGGUUAUCAAUACAGUGAUUGGGGAAAGCUGGUAUAAGGAGGCGCCUGAGGUCCGACAGUUAUACGAAUUACUCGCCCGCAUCGACUCGGAUAAGCAUAAACUAGCCCACCCAGGCUAUAAAUUC